UUCACCGUUUCUCAAAACCCCCUUGGUCUCACUAAAUCAGUAGGGUUUCAUAUUUUCAUUGCAGAAACAACUCUAUUCAAAACCCCCCCAAAUCACUCUCCAAAAUCUUCCAAUCUGACCUUCUCUUUCAAACCCUAACCCUAAAAUGACCAAAGUCUACGGUACCGGAGUCUUCGAUUUCCGGCGCCACCGUGUGGCAGAGUACCCCGUCACCGCCGCCGGUCCAGACCAAACCGUUCCAGAGAGACCGCCGGAAUCAAAACCUGAAACAAAUGUACCGAGCUCGAUAACUCUAGUUGAAAUCCAGCGGGACCGGCUGACAAAAAUUGCGAAUGAAAACUGGUCGAAAUCGGCGACGAACAACGAGAAGCCUCCGUUUAGUGCGGAUCUGGUGAAGGAGAUUUAUGAAACGGAGUUGUUGGUGAAGGAGGAUGGGAGAGUGAGAAGAACGGUGCCGUUGCAGAGGGUUAUGAUACUUGAAGUUAGUCAGUAUUUGGAGAAUUAUUUGUGGCCGAAUUUUGAUCCGGAGACUUCUUCGUUUGAGCAUGUUAUGUCCAUGAUUCUCAUGAUUAACGAGAAGUUUCGCGAGAAUGUUGCUGCGUGGAUAUGCUUUUAUGAUCGAAAAGAUAUGUUUAAGGCAUUUAUUGAGAGGGUUCUCUGCUUGAAGGAGGGAAGAAGCCUGAGUAUCGCAGAGAAGACUAAUUACCUACUUUUCAUGAUUAAUGCCUUCCAGAGCUUGGAGGAUGAUAUAGUCAGCAAGAAAGUCAUGAGAUUGGCAAGCCUUCAUUGCUGGCAUAGUCUAUCGUUUGGUCGUUUUCAGAUGGAGCUUUGCCUUAAUCCAGAUUUGAUUAAGAAAUGGAAAAGAAUCGCAAAAAAAGCCAAGGAGGCAAAGAAACGCGGGGAAUCUUUUGAUAUGUCAGUAAUGCUAGAAGUGAAGUUCUUGAGGAAUCUCAUUGAUGAAUUUCUAGAGGUACUUGAUUCCAAGGUAUUUUACUAUGAUGAUGAAGGGUCCAAUGUACAUGGAUUUGAAAAAAUUAAUGAAGCUUCGAUUUUGUAUUGUGAGAGGUUUAUGGAGUUCUUAAUCGACCUUUUGAGUCAACUUCCGACCAGGAGAUACUUUAAACCUCUUGUCGCUGAUGUGGCGGUGGUUGCAAAAUGUCAUCUGAGUGUUCUUUAUAGACAUGAAAAAGGCAAGCUUUUUGCACAGCUGGUUGACUUGCUGCAGUACUACGAAGGUUUCGAGAUCGAUGAUAAUUUAGGGAGACAAAUGACAGAUGAUGAGGUGCUUCAAGCCCAUUAUGAACGUUUUCAGGCUUUCCAGCUUCUUUCAUUUAAAAAGAUACCCAAGUUGAAAGAACUUGCACUUGCUAACAUUGGGGCAAUUCAUAAGCGUGCUGAUCUUUCAAAGAAAUUAUCUGUACUUUCUCCCGAUGAAUUGAGGGACUUAGUCUGCAAUAAGCUUAAAUUGAUUUCAAAGAGUGACCCAUGGACGGAAAGAGUUGACUUUCUUAUAGAAGUCAUGGUCUCCUUUUUCGAAAAGCAGCAGUCUCAAAAAGAAGCCAUAAACGCUCUACCACUGUAUCCGAACGAACAAAUAAUGUGGGAUGAAAGUCUCGUUCCCAGCAUUAAUUACUCUGGUGAAGGAUGUUUAGCACUUCCGAAACUAAAUCUACAGUUUCUAACACUUCACGAUUAUCUUCUUAGAAACUUUAAUCUCUUCCGUCUUGAAUCAACUUACGAAAUUCGUGAAGACAUUCAAGAAGCGGUCCCACAUCUCCUCGCUUACACUAAUAACGAAGGUCAACCUGCUUUCCGUGGUUGGUCAAGAAUGGCGGUACCGAUUAAAGAAUUUAAAAUUACUGAAGUAAAACAACCAAAUAUCGGUGAAGUAAAACCAGCAUCGGUAACAGCAGAGGUUACUUUCAGCAUUUCAAGUUACAGAACACAAAUUAGGUCUGAAUGGAAUGCUUUAAAGGAACAUGACGUCCUCUUCUUGCUUUGUAUCCGUCCAUCUUUCGAGCCGUUAAGUGCUGACGAGGCAGCUAAUGCAUCGGUCCCACAAAAACUCGGACUUCAGUUUGUUAGAGGAUGUGAAAUUAUCGAAAUCCGUGAUGAAGAAGGAGGUUUGAUGAAUGAUUUCACAGGAAGAAUUAAGCGGGAUGAAUGGAAACCGCCUAAAGGUGAAUUGAGAACUGUGACGGUUGCACUUGAUACUGCACAAUAUCAUAUGGACGUUACUGAUAUUGCGGAGAAAGGCGCGGAAGAUGUUUAUGGUACUUUUAAUAUUUUGAUGAGAAGGAAACCGAAGGAGAAUAAUUUUAAAGCUAUAUUGGAGUCUAUUAGAGAUCUCAUGAAUGAAACAUGUAUUGUUCCUGAUUGGUUGCAUGAUGUGUUUUUGGGAUAUGGAAAUCCUUCUGCUGCUCAGUGGACUAAUAUGCCUGAUUUACUUGAGACCGUAGAUUUCAAAGAUACGUUUCUUGAUGCUGAUCAUGUUAGAGAAUGUUUUUCUGACUAUCAGGUGAUGUUUACAAAUUCAGAUGGCACAGAAAACCCAAAUCCACGACCCCCAUUUCGGAUUAAUAUUCCCAGAAAUUUAAAGGGAAAUUCUCAUGCUCUCCCCGGGAAUGAGAAGUCCACCACAGAUUCAGUGGAUGUUACCACAGAGGAUAAUUCUGAUUUUGAGAAAGAAAAACUUAUUGUUGAAGCAUAUACGCCUCCUGAUCCUGGUCCGUAUCCUCAAGAUCAGCCAAAACAGAACUCUGUUAGAUUUACCCCGACACAGGUUGGGGCGAUAGUCUCGGGCAUACAACCAGGUCUGACAAUGGUAGUGGGUCCACCUGGUACCGGAAAGACUGAUACCGCAGUUCAGAUAUUGAAUGUUCUUUAUCACAAUUGUCCUUCUCAAAGGACAUUAAUAAUUACCCAUUCAAAUCAGGCUUUGAAUGACCUUUUUGAAAAAAUAAUGGAGAGGGAUGUACCAGCCCGUUAUCUUCUCCGACUUGGUCAAGGUGAGCAAGAACUGGCAACCGAUCUCGACUUUAGUCGCCAGGGUCGGGUCAAUGCAAUGCUCGUGAGACGGUUGGAGUUACUUAGUGAAGUUGAAAGGCUUGCAAGAUCUUUACAACUGCCGGAAGACGUCGGUUACACUUGUGAAACAGCUGGCUACUUUUGGUUGCUCCAUGUUUACUCCCGUUGGGAGCAGUUUCUAGCCGAUUGUGAUAAAAAUCAAGAUAAACCCACAUUCGUUAAAGAUCGGUUUCCGUUUACUGAAUUUUUUUCCAACACUCCACAAUCGGUUUUCACCGGGAAUUCCUUUGAGGAAGACAUGCGGGCUGCUAAAGGUUGCUUUAGUCACCUUAAAACCGUUUUCCAGGAGCUUGAAGAAUGCCGAGCGUUUGAACUGUUAAAGUCAACGGUUGACCGAGCUAAUCACCUUAUGACAAAACAAGCAAAGAUUGUCGCCAUGACGUGUACUCACGCAGCUUUGAAAAGAAAGGACUUCUUACAAUUGGGAUUCAAAUACGAUAACCUUUUAAUGGAAGAAAGUGCACAAAUAUUAGAAAUCGAGACGUUUAUUCCAAUGUUACUUCAAAGACAAGAAGACGGGUAUGCUAGACUUAAAAGGUGUAUUUUAAUCGGCGAUCAUCAUCAGCUGCCACCUGUCGUGAAGAAUAUGGCUUUUCAAAAAUACAGCCACAUGGAUCAAAGUUUGUUCACGCGAUUCGUUCGGCUGGGAAUUCCUUACAUUGAGCUCAACGCUCAAGGUCGAGCCAGACCGAGUUUAGCCAAGCUUUACAAUUGGCGAUAUCGGGAUUUAGGUGAUCUUCCGUAUGUUAAGGAGAAUCCUUUUUUCCAUAAAGCGAACGCCGGAUUUGGUUAUGAUUAUCAGUUAAUUGACGUGCCUGAUUACCAUGGGAAAGGUGAGAGUGCACCUUCUCCUUGGUUUUAUCAGAAUGAAGGGGAAGCUGAAUAUCUUGUUAGCAUUUAUAUCUAUAUGCGGUUAUUAGGGUAUCCUGCAAAUAAAAUAUCCAUUUUGACGACUUAUAAUGGCCAGAAGCUUCUGAUACGCGAUGUUCUUAACCGAAGAUGUGCUCCCUAUGAUUUUAUUGGCCUUCCAAACAAGGUUGCAACAGUUGACAAGUUUCAAGGUCAACAGAACGAUUUCAUUCUACUGUCACUUGUGAGGACCCGAUUUGUGGGACAUCUUCGUGAUGUUAGAAGAUUAAUUGUUGCCAUGUCACGUGCCCGAUUGGGUCUUUAUGUGUUCUGUCGCCGUUCACUGUUUGAACAAUGUUAUGAACUCCAACCGACAUUUCAGCUUCUACUUCAAAGGCCAGACCGCCUUGCCCUAAAUCUGCAUGAAAUUGCACCUUUUACUGAUCGUCUUGUUGGAGACACGGGACCCGUUCACCUCGUGAGUGGCAUUGAAGAAAUAGCUGGGAUUGUUAACUUUAGAAUGCAUCAAGUAUAUCAGGCGAGAAUGAUGAGCCAAGAGUUUUCAGAUUACUCGGGACAUAAUGCUUCAACAGGAAGCCCGGGUGAGCAAAAUGGCCAACAAGAUUUUUCAUCCGAGUAUGAUGACACGAAAACUGAUUUACAAGUCGAUGCUACUGUGGAAACCACUGAGAAUACGCCAAGUGGUGAACAACCAAUGGACGCUGAAACACCCAACGUUGUUGAUAACACCAGUGAGAAUAUGCAAGUCGAUGCUACUGUGGAAACCACUGAGAAUACACAAGUCGAUGUUACUGUGGAAACCACUGAGAAUACACAAGUCGAUGUUACUGUGGAAACCACUGGAGUGACCACAAAUGAAUCUCUUAAUGAAGACGAUUCAAACAUUGAAAACAGCAAGAUGGAACAGUAGUCUAGUAUAGAUUAUUCACUCCUGGAAAUGAUUUAUCCUGGUAAACACUUCUGUUGAAGAGAAGUCUCUGGCCUGGUUUGGUGUUACGGGCUCAAAAGGCGAUAUGAACUUGGCUUUUUCAUUGUGUUUUUAAACCUCAAAUGGUUAAACUACUAGGGCUAGAUUGAAGUUUUUGUAGAUUUGGUUAUUGUAAAGUGAUUAUGCCAAAAUUUUGUAUUCCGGUGCUUUCUAAGACGACAAUUGUUGGAUAGUUGUGUAUUAUGUACCUUGACACUUGAGGUUCUGAAUGGUAGCAUGUUGGAACAUUAAAAUUUUA